AUGGCGCCACCAGCAGACGGCAUGGACGUUGAUCAGCCAGAGAAGACGGGUCUUUUCGCGGACUUGUUCUUCGUCGUGGUCCCAAGCGACUCGUUGCCCGAAUCGAAAGCGCUCGAGGUGGUCGAGCAGCUCAAACUCCACGAUGCUGAAGCCGUCGUCGACAGCCUCGAUGGUAGUGGCACACUCUCGCUGGAUGACCUCACUCACAUCGUUUCCAACACGGCAGACUUUCCAGAAUACUAUAAUGCGGACGAUAAAAUGAAACCUGUGGUGAAAGCGCAAUGGAUCGAGCACUCUCUGGCGAAAAGAAAACUACAGAACCCGCGACAGUACUCGCCUGACCCCAAGUACUUCAUGUCAGACGUUGUGGUGUGCUGUACAGGCCUGCCGGAUGGUGAUGCCGAAGCAGUCCAAGGCGCUGUUCUUGCGAUGGGUGGAAUGUUCUCUAUCAAGCUUACAAGUCAAGUAACACACCUCAUCACGCUCUCCAUCGACUCAGAUUUCUGCCAGACAGCGGCACAGAAACGCAUGAAUGUCAAGCUCGUGCUGCCGCACUGGAUUGAUGACUGUGUCAGACUGGGACGCAAGAUCAGCGAACGUCCCUACACUCUACCGGCCUCGGAGUUGCAUACUGCCACACCCAGUACCAAAAUUCCGUACGUUUAUGGUGCUACUCCGGUGCGUGGCGCUUUGGAUGCGAAUCCCACAUCCAGUCCACCACCGAGUCCAUCGGUCACUCGCAAACGCCAAUCAGUGUUUCGGAAUACGAAGGUCGCACUCAGCAAAGACCUCGGAGUUGCACCUCCUCACCGCGAGGCGCUAGAAGAAGUCAUUCGCAAUGGCGGCGGGAAAGUCGUCAACACCGCCGCUCAGUGUACCAUAUUCGUUUGCAAGUAUCGUGAGGGCAGUGAGUACAAGGCCGCAGCUCGUGCAGGCAAGCACGUUGGAAGCCUCGGUUGGUUGUACGAUUUGAUCUCGAAGGACCGUUGGACUUCGCCCUUCAGAAAAUUACUGCACUAUCCCCUGGCUCCUAAAGGCAUACCUGGAAUGCAAGAUUUCAAAAUCAGCGUUUCCAAUUAUACUGGUGAGUCCAGGCAAUAUCUGGAGAAUCUCAUCCGGGCUUGUGGGGCAGAAUGCACGAAGACACUGAAGCAAGACAAUACCCAUCUUAUCACGGCUUACGACAAAAGCGAGAAGUGCACCGCUGCCAAAGAAUGGCAGGUCCACCUAGUCAAUCAUCUGUGGCUGGAGGAGAGCUUCGCCAAAUGCAAAGUCGCCAGUGUCAGCAAUAGCAGAUAUACACAUUUCCCAACACGGACCAACCUAGGCGAGGUGGUGGGCCAGACGGAGAUCGAUCGGGAGGUGUUAGAGAAACUCUUCUACCCACCUGAGCCAGACAGAAUCGAUGACAGGAGCAGCGACAUAACCAAAGUGGGGCUCAAGCGUGGCAAUUCUAAAACGAGCAAUGGCAACGAUGUACGUACGCCAGCUGCAUCAAGAUUCGUCGCUCUGGAGAAAGAAAACAUAACACCUUCUACCACGAACAGUCGGAAAGCGAAGAAUGCUGCCACAGCCAAACUCCAGGAAAUGACACCAGACAUUCAGCUAUACGAGAAAGAACGUAAACGCGUUGGCGGAGUCAUCCAUGGCGGUAGGCGCGCGAAGACAUCGGAAGAACCAAGCGAGGCUGCCGAAGCUCCUCGAGAGGCUGCUCGCAAGCGUACCGCCGACGACAUGGAUGAUAGCGAUGCUGCUGCGGAAGCAGAGAAAAAGAAGAAGAGGUCAAAGACUGGCUUGCCGCCAGUUACCAUGCACCUGCUCGUGACCGGAUACGACCGUUGGAAGGAUAAUCCGAAAGCGGAAGACGCCGACAAAAUUGCAUUGCGUCAGCUCGGCAUCAUACUUGUGAACGAGGCUCAACGUGCCACUCAUCUUGCUGCGCAUCGGAUCCUCCGGACCGUCAAAUUCAUCUCCGCAAUGGCAUAUGCACCCGAAAUCAUUUCGACCGACUUCAUCGAUGCUUGUCUCGAUGCCGACGAGCUUGAAGAUCCGCAGGACUACAAGCUUGUGGACAAGGUCCAGGAGAAGAAGCUCGGUCUGUCGUUGACUGCGUCUAGGGAACGAGCUGUGAAGAAUCGCGGCAAGCUCCUAGAAGGCCGCGAGAUAUAUUGCCUGGACAAGGCCAACGGCGGUCCCGAUACAUAUCAGAAGAUCGUGGAAGCCAACGGCGGCAGUUGCAUUGUAUACAGAGGCCGUAAAGGUGUCCGCGUCAAAUCCUAUCGCGCGGGUAGUGAAGAUGCUGGGUCCGCCAACACGGAUGUGUACCUGCUCAGUCCUGAAGGUGAUGGGAACGAUUUGACGAAGCUCUGGGAGCAGUUUCGGUCGAUGGUCGAAGCGGCUCGAAUGACGCCUCGAAUUGUUUCCACAGACUGGUUGAUUGAAACUGCCAUGAGGCAAGAGAUCCUACCGGUGUCGAAGUAUGAGAUCCGCGAAUGA